AUGAAUUGGCUGGGGCAAGACUGUCAGCAGUACACAAACAGGAGCUGUGAGGAGUGCCUGAAAAAUGUCACUUGCCUGUGGUGUGCCAGCAGUGGGAGGUGCAUGGAGUACCCUGUCCGGAGAGUCCUCCCCCCCGCCGACCUCUGCGAGCUCCGCUCUGCGCGCUGGGGAGUCUGCUGGGUGAACUUUGAAGCCCUGAUCAUUGCCAUGUCUGUGGUGGGAGGAACAGUCCUGCUCGGGCUGGGGGUCUGCUGCUGCUGCUGUUGCUGCAAGAAGAAGAGCAAAAAGCCAGACAAGGAUGACGAGAGAGCAGCCAGGGAGCGAGAGAGGAGGCGGGUGCGGCAGGAGGAGAGGAGAGCAGAGAUGAAAUCACGACAUGAUGAAAUCCGAAGGAAAUACGGCCUGUUCAAGGAGGAGAACCCUUAUGCCAAAUUUGAGAAUUAG